AUGGCGCCAGUUCACGAUUUCAAACGGCCAAAUUUCGCACAAACGCCUGUCGCCCACGCUCGCACUCCACUAAUUAAGUUUAUUGGUGCUCGACUGCCUAGGCCUGAUUUUUCUCGAGUUGUUUCGGGUCCAAUUCCAUCACCACCUGUGCCUCCCACUCCAGCAGCGGCGUCCGCUUCUGUGGGUGCAGCCGCUCAAACAGCUCAUGGAGCUGUAAUCACUGAGGACGAGCUUCCUCCACAAUUCCGUCGUCCUCUUAUUGAUCAAGAAGAAUGUGAUGCCAUAAACGUUAGUGAUCCAAUAGCUAAUAGUACUUUUGUCGAACGACCUCUGGAACACGCGCUUUGCCUGAGUUCGACCUCGUUGUCAUUGACAACGGGAAACGCGCUGGCGGAGCGUAUGGCUUGUAGGACUGCCACAGCUACUAAAAGAACACACCCGAUGUUGAACGCGACUGGUGUUGGCUUUACUUAUAGUAUCUUUAGUCUGUACAUAGAUCCACCUUCAAUGUCAGACAAAAAUGUGCUUCAAAGAUCAGGUUCUACGAAGGAAAGGGAUUUAUUGUCGCUGGUACACUCAGUCGUUGAAGCAUGCACUUCAAAAGGAGUAGAGGAACAGCGGAAAUUCGCGGAAAGUCUGAGCCGUGCAUGGACACCAAGUGCGGACACGUCAGCAACAUUCACUUACUAUGUGUCGAAGAAGCAGUCAUCCGAUGGCGAUCAUCUGAGGACUCUCCUGAGAGCUGUAGAGGUACAUUUCAUUUAUUUCUUGUUGUUGAAGAACUUCAGUUUGAAAUUCAAGAUGUGCAGCGAUGACUUCUGCCUGGUGUUAUUAUGCAAACUCAUCCAAGAACUUAUCAACACCGGUUCCAUAAAAGCCAGACAAAGAAGACAUCGCAAGCUGAUUAAGGCUGACGCAACAUCGUCCCUUAUACGAACUCUCAGGAUUUGCUGCCCGUCUGUUGAUACGGAUAUCUUCAUUGAAGUGCAAGGAACUACAUCAGUGUCAUCUGCUGGCUCGAUAUCUCGAAGUUCUCUACUUCGUCAGUAA